GAGUGUCAGCUAGUUAUUAGUCGGGAGGCGCUGUAGCCAUUUCGCCGCAUGAAAGCCCGAUGAGCUGAGCGAGCAACAUCCGAGCGGCUCAUGGAGAAGAAGAGAAAUCAGCUUUGAGAAGCCCCGCGCGCGCACACACACGUACACGAACUCGCGCGUAAAGACGCACGGCGCACGGACACUUCCUCCUCCUCCUCCUCCUCCUCCGUGGAAAAAAGAGAGAGAGAGAGAGAGAGAAGCGAGACGCAAACUUCCAACUCUCCCAUGUGGAAGCGAGAGGUUUGAGGAUAAGGCAUAAUUUCUUUUUUUCCUCCUCUUCGGGGCUCCGUUCCUCCCUCCCUCCCCCUCCUCUCCCUCUCUUCAGUGUUUCUGCCCGGAGAGUUGUGUUUCUAUGAGAGUCUCGCUCGGUGAGAAGAGAAGUUUGGUUGCCUGCGUGGUCGGCCGAGGAGGAGGAGAAGAGUCGGGCUAAAAGUGGGGGAAGAAGAUGGUCCGCAGCGCCGCUUGGAGACGGAGCUUGCUGUGCGUCCUGGCGCUCAGUCUCAGCCUCACGUCGCCGCCGUGCACAGCUCGGAUUUACACCAACCACUGGGCAGUGAGGAUAGGCGGGGGACCCGAUGUGGCCGAGUGGAUAGCGGACAAAUACGGCUAUAGGAACAUGGGACAGAUCGGGGAUCUCAAAGAUCACUAUCACUUCUUCCAUAGUCGGACCAUCAAGCGGUCGACUCUGUCCAGCCGUGGACGCCAUAGUUUCAUAUCCAUGGAGCCCAAGGUGGAGUGGAUACAGCAGCAGGUGGUGAAGAGGAGGAUCAAGAGGGAUUACAAACCAUCCCCACCCCUUUCUUUGUCAAGCCCCGCCCACAGCAGUCUGGCCCAGAGCAACAUAUUCUAUAACGACGCCAAGUGGAGCAGUAUGUGGUACAUCCACUGUAACGAUGACGUCCACAACUGCCAGUCGGACAUGAACAUCAUGGGGGCUUGGAAGAGGGGCUACACAGGAAAAGACGUAGUGGUGACCAUACUGGAUGACGGCAUCGAGAGGAACCAUCCAGACCUCUUUCAGAACUACGACCCUCAAGCGAGCUUCGAUGUCAAUGGCAACGACAUGGAUCCAAUGCCUCGAUAUGACGCAACCAAUGAGAACAAACACGGGACACGGUGUGCGGGCGAAGUUGCUGCAGCUGCAAACAACUCCCACUGCAUUGUGGGAAUUGCCUACAAUGCCAGAAUAGGGGGUGUGCGAAUGCUGGAUGGAGAUGUAACAGACAUGGUGGAGGCCAAGUCUCUGAGCCUCCAGCCGCAGCACAUCGACAUCUACAGUGCCAGCUGGGGACCCGAUGACGACGGAAAGACUGUGGAUGGGCCAGCGUCUCUGGCCAGGCAGGCCUUCGAGAAUGGCAUCCGCAUGGGGAGGAAAGGCCGUGGCUCCAUCUUUGUUUGGGCUUCAGGCAACGGCGGGCGCAGCAGAGACCACUGCUCCUGUGACGGCUACACCAACUCCAUCUACACCAUCUCCAUCUCCAGCACGGCCGAGAGUGGACGGAAGCCCUGGUAUCUGGAGGAGUGCUCGUCCACGCUGACCACCACCUACAGCAGCGGGGAGAACUACGACCGAAAGAUUAUCACAACAGACCUGAGACACCGGUGCACAGACAGCCACACAGGGACAUCGGCCUCGGCUCCCAUGGCUGCUGCCAUUAUUGCUCUGGCCCUGGAGGCAAAUCCUCUUCUGUCAUGGAGAGAUGUGCAGCACAUCAUCGUGAAGACCUCUAGAGCCGGACAUCUCAGCGCCCCUGACUGGAAGACCAACGCCGCUGGUUACAAUGUCAGCCAUUUGUACGGCUUUGGUCUGAUGGACGCUGAGGCCAUGGUGAAGGAGGCAGAGCGAUGGAGGCAGGUCCCCUCUCAGCACGUGUGUGUGGAGAGCGCAGACCGACAGAUCAGAACCAUCCGACCAGAGCACGUGGUUCGGUCUGUGUACAAGGCGACAGGAUGCACCGACAACCCCAACCACCACGUGAUCUACCUGGAGCAUGUGGUUGUGCGUAUUACAAUCACACACCCUCGCCGUGGAGACCUGUCCAUCAACCUGACCUCACCCUCAGGGACCAAGUCUCAGCUGCUCGCCAACAGGUUGUUUGAUCACUCCAUGGAGGGUUUUAAGAACUGGGAGUUUAUGACCACCCACUGCUGGGGAGAGAAGGCAGCAGGCGACUGGGUCCUAGAGAUCUAUGACUCCCCUUCUCAACUCCGCAGCCAGAAAGUGCCUGGCAAGCUGAAGGAGUGGUCGCUGGUGCUGUACGGCACCUCUGUGCACCCAUACUCAUCUCUGCGCAACGAUAAGCCUCGCUCCACAGACAUGCUGACGCCCACCGAUGAGGAGUUCACAGAGGAGUACAAUGGCCCCUGUGACUCUGAGUGCAAUGAGAACGGCUGUGAGGGUCCUGGACCCCAUCACUGCAUUAACUGCCUCCACUACUUCCUCAAGUUCAAGAACAACACCAGGAUGUGUGUGUCUGAGUGCCCCAGCGGCUUUUUCCGUGACGAUAGGAAGCGCUGCAAGAAGUGCUCCUCGUUGUGCGAGACCUGCGUCGGGAGCCGUAGUGACCAGUGCACCACAUGCAGGAGCGGCUUCCACCUGAACGAGGGAUCCAACGCGUGUGUGGCCAACUGCGGUGACGGCUUCUACCUCGACCACGAUUCCAACAUUUGCAGGAGAUGUCCGGAGAACUGCAAGAGGUGCAACAGCUCCAAUAUCUGCACGGAAUGUAAACCUGGGAUGAGUCUUCAAGGAAACAAGUGUCAGAUGACCUGUGACCAAGGGACUUACUACAACGGCCACAGGCGGACUUGUGAGCCCUGCCAUCGGGCCUGUGCCACCUGUGCAGGCACAGGUAUAGAGGCAUGCACUAAGUGUGCAGAGGGCUACUUACUUGAGGACUGGCGGUGUGUGUCAACAUGCAGCACCGGCUACUACCUGUCAGAGCAGACCUCAGACAAUGGGCAGGUGCAGAGGUCCUGUAAGAAGUGUGACCAUAGCUGCUACGAGUGCUCGGGGUCCGGAGAGAGAAACUGCAGCAGCUGCGUCAGUGGUUACAAUCUGGAGGCAGGAGCCUGCGUGGUCAGCACCAUCUGCAAAGAUGCAAAUGAAGAAUCUUGGGCGGAAGGCAGUUUCUGCGUGCUUGUUAAAAAGAACAAUCUUUGCCAGAGGAAAGUGCUGCAGCAACUGUGCUGCAGAACGUGCUCGCAGAAGGGGUGACGGGACGCACUCGCCGGGCGUACAGGGAGUGCAGGGGGGAUUGCAGGGGCACAGGGGGCACUCCUCCUUCUCAAGCCCCCCUCCCCCUGCCCACUCAUUCACAGUCACAUAAUUUAUAAGAGAAUCUGUGCCUCUUAAAGGGACUGCAUCGGAGGUGCGAUGACAGGACUACAACAAACCUACCUUUUUUUCUGUACUGGGACACACACGUCGUCGGGGUGUAAAAUGACUGGGACUUAUUUCAAGAACAAACGAGCAAAUGAAAACAAAAGUGAAAAACAAAAUAAAAGUGUCGGUAUUUUGUGACCAAAGCAUCGAUGCCAAAAUAGUUGAACCUUCUUUUCUUGUUGCCAGUGUAGGAAGCAUUGCUUAAAGCGGGAGCCACUCAGCCUGCGAAGCUCUGAAAACAUCCGUGUGCGUUUUUUAGUUUGGCUCCUCUUCCUCCUCUCUUUCCAGUGAUAACGCUAAACAGAUGGAAAGUGAACAUACAGUAGGAAAGGCCCUGGUUUUCCGCCUGUAAAUAUACGUCUGAGGAAAAAAGAAGCUCACUGUAAUGUGAAAAUAAUAAUGUCUGUCUGGGCUGAUUCUGGCUGUUUAGGGGAGGGAAGAGAAAUUCACACAAUUUUAUAUAUAUAUAUAUAUAUACACAGUAUAUAAACACACACACCCACUCACACACUUAUAAACAUGAACUCAGACACAUUGAUCGUAAAUCAGCCAUCACUUGAAGUUGCGUACGCCGCAGUGUCUCUUUAUCGCAAGACUGACACGUGUUACUGACCAAAAUCACCUCAUUUCAUUUAUUUUAAAACAUGAACCUGCCCUCUCUGAAUUGUUUGUGUGUUUUUUGUGUGUGUGUGUCUGUGUGUGUGUGUGUGUGUGUGUGUGUGUGUGUGUGUGUG